UUUUUGGUCGUAGGAAAUACGACCACGUCUCCGACCUACUUCAAAGACUGGGCUGGCUCAGCGCGGAGGGCAUAGCAUCAUACCACACUCUCUGCGUGCUGCACCGCGUGCUCCGGUCUGGCGAGCCGGAGCAGCUGGCGGCUGGGCUGUCCACUGUCGCGGAGGCCCGUGCGGCGGCCGACCGCAUGACGCGGCAGGAUGGACUGUUGUCGGUCCCCCGGUCCAGGACGGAGAUGGGCCGUCGCCGCUUUGCCUGCCGUGGGCCGACCCGGUACAAUGGUCUGCCGCGAGACCUCAUCGAACUCCCCGCGUCGCGGUUUGGACGUCAUCUGAAGCGUCACCUGGUAGAUUUAGCGCCUGACUGACUUGUUCGUGUGCGAGUGACUGUUCUGUGAGAUUGCAUGUGAUGUUAUCCAUGUAUCAUUUUUGAAACCGUGACGAGAGGUCCUAAUAGCCAUGACUUACCAUGGAUGACCUUAAUAAAAGUCUGUAUCUGUAUCUGUAUCUGAAACGCUGCCUAGGUCUGUCUGGAUUGAUGCCAAUUGCCAACUACUCCUCCACUGCCUUUCCUCUGGCUUCUAGUGGGGCGUGGGCGCUCUCUGGAAUCUGGAUCUAUUGCGGUUAACAUAUAGCUAGGUGGAAGGUGAAUCACUCUUUGGCUGAUCAUGCCAACCAGUGGUGACUGGUACGGCAAUGGAGCAGGAAGUGCGGCGACUGAAGAGACUCUUCAAAGAUCCAAACCCUCUAUUCACGGCAUGGCUGACAGAAUGGAGGGAAGAGGCAGACAGAAAAGACUCCAAAAUGAAAUAUGUUUAUGGAGUGGCACUAAAGUCGCUGCGGCAAUACCCUCUUCCGCUCACCUCGGGGAAGAGCUGUAACAUUCUGAAAGGUUUCGGCGCCACUCUCUGUGCCCGACUGGACCAGAGGCUUCAGGAGUACAUCGAGGAACAUGGUCCGCUGCCUGCACUCGGCGUGGCGGACCAGGUGGAGCUGGAGCGAGAGAGGCCAAAGGCGCCUGCGAAGAAAAGGACGCCGAAGCCGGCACCGGUGGCCGCCCCGGAUCCCUCCUCGGCAGAGAUGGAUAGAGACUCCCCAGUGGGAAAGCGCGGUCGGCCGGCCGGCGAGUACCGCCCCAAACCGGGAUCGGGCGGGUUCGCCCUGCUGGUGACUCUCAGGCGGCAGGAGAAGCAGCAGGGAUACGCCGGGUUCCUGCGUAAGGCCGCGCUCCAAGAGGCAGCCCAGCCGCUCUGUAACGCCUCAAUGACGCUGCCAGAGGCAGGAGGCUACUACACCGCCUGGAGCACUAUGGGCACCCUGGUCAAACGCAAACUGGUGCGGCGCGAGGGUAACCCGGCCAGGUUCAGUCUGACUGACGUCGGUCGUGAGGUGGCCGACCGUCUCGACUCCUCCCCGUGGACCCUUCCCAGCCAGCGCGACUGUUUUGACCGUCUGACUGGGAUGUCACCCCCGUCCGACUGCACGGGAUCUAGCCCGAUCAGAGGGGCACCGCCAGCCGCCACCAGAAGCAGCAGUCGACCAGCCGAGCCGCGCACAGUUCCCCAGCGGCUCCUUUCGGACACCGUCGCGCCGUCCACCGAUGGCCUGAUGUACCAGUACAUCAGCUCGGCCGGCGCCGCGGUCCGCAGUAAAGACGACGCUCAAGUGUCGGUAGACUGCGGCCGAGUGGGGUUCCUGGUGCGCUGCCGGCGGGACGCGCUGCUCGCCAGUGGACGCACCUACUGGACAGACCCCGACAGACCGGAGCGGGAUGGCAUUGUGCACGUAUUCCUCUCGGACGCAGACUGCGCCGAAGAGUGUCCAUCAGGACCGCUCUCUGACCCGGCUCCUCCGCCACCCGUCGCCGCUCGCCAGACCAAACUACACGACAUGUCGGAUUCCGACAGCGACGACGGUAUGACGACAUCCUCCCAGUCGCUGUCAGCUUCAACGCCACAAUCCCAGUCCCGAUCCCAGUCCCAGUCACUGUCCCAAUCUCAGUCGCAUUCCCUAUCCCAGUCCCAGCGGCAGGCGCGGCCCGGAGUCGGGACAUCCCUCAAACGGCAGUCUACCGACUGGAGAGCGGCACUGAAGCGGCUCCGUUCGGACAUCUCGGCCGACUCCGGCCCGUCAGAGUCUGUAGCUGCGUCGUCGCGGCCAACAUCCUCGUCUGGGGCGGCUUCCCUGUCCGAUGAGGACUGCCAUCUGCUGUCUGAUGACGAUGACGAUGUGUUGAUCACGGCGGCCGAUAUACCGCCUAGACCUUCACUGGAGAGAGCGACCAUCUCACCCUCACCGACUAGGAGCAGCGUCGGGUUUCCACCGUCGAGUGGAGUGGGAGGUACGGAGAGCGCCGUCUCUCCGGUUGCUAAGAGUGCGGAUCGACUCAGUCCCCCACCUGCCGCGGUACUGAUUAGGGAGCGGGCGGCGGCAGCGGCCGAGGCCAGAGCCAAGAGCCGCCCGCCUCCCGCCGCAUCAGGGAGCGGUACCAGCCGGCCGCCGGCCGCUGCUGGGGGCUCGUCAGAGCAGCGGCCGACCCAUAGCGCCUCUGUGCCCCGUCCGGUGGUGGUGGAGGACUGGCGACCGGCGACGGCGACGGUCUCCACCGAGCGGCGACCACCGGAACCGGCGGCCGAGCUGCGCGACUUUAUUCCCUCCGUGGUGCUCCGGCCGGGAACGUUCGACGUGGUACUCUGCGUGGAUAACCAGGAGACAUCCGGCAAGUCGGGUCCGGGCGCCUGUCUUCGCACCUACCGGGACGUGGUACUGGCUGAACUGCAGAAGAACGGCGUGGUGGCUGACGUGCGGAAACUGAGCGUCGGAGACUUUCUGUGGGUGGCACGGCCGCGUACCGGCAAACAGCCUGAAGAACUGAUUCUGCCGUACAUUGUCGAGCGGAAGCGACUGGACGACCUGGCCUCGAGCAUCCGCGACAGCCGGUACCGGGAGCAGAAGUUCCGUCUGAAGCGGUGCGGCGUCCCUAACGUUAUCUACCUGGCGGAGGCGAUGGGCACUGGGCCGCGAGCGCGUAGCGUCAGUCUGCCGGAGUCGACCCUGCAGCAGGCACUGGCCAACUGCCAAGUGGUGGAUGGGUUCCGGGUCAAGUGGACGGCCGACCAGCGCGAGACAGCCGCCUUCCUCACCCUGAUGACGCGGCGCCUGCAGCAGCGAUACCAGUACCGUCAGCUGGAGGGCUGCCCGCGGGAGCAGCUGCCGGCCGGUCCCCCGUCAGCCGGCGGCCCGGAGCGGCUGCAGCUGUUCAGCGAGUUUCACCAGCUGUCGGCCAAGCGGCAGCGGCUGACCGCCAGAGACAUGUUCGCUAAGAUGCUGCUCCAACUGUCGGGCCUGUCGGCAGACAAGGCGGCCGCCAUAGUGGCCGUGUACCCGACCCUGUCGCGACUGCUGGAGGCGUACGCCGGCUGCGGAUCGCAGGCGGAGGCGGAGAAACUGCUGGCGUCGCUCCGCGCAGACCGCUCCGGCCGGCCGGUGGGUGCGGCCAUCAGUAAGGCCGUCUACCACCUCUACAGCGACCGGCAACUGACGUGAAUGGCAGGCGGCUGCUGAUGUGAAGACGGCAAGCUGCUGUCGUGACAGCUGCAGCUGCCUUUACCGCGACCACAGCAGCCUGACAUACUAGCGGCCGUCGACGUGCUGUUGCGGACGUAUUGAUCACAACGGUGACCGCGUACCUUGUGGUGGUGAGUUGCAACAGAAGAGUUUUGCCUUGACACUUGGGAGUGCCUUGUCGUGUGAAUUGGAAACUGGUUUAUCGACUGCCUUUUGUUGGCUGUGAACUGUCGGCGCCCAUUGCGAUGAACUAGAAGUGCGCAAGGAAAGUGGUUGAUUUCGAGUCGGCCUAAGUCGGCCGUCAAUGUCGACUUCCAUACCGCGCCGAGGUUCGGUUCGGAUCUGGAUAGCUUUGCUUAUUGUUAUCGCUCGAGUUUAGGUUCGUUUGUCGUAGUCUUUGUCAAAGCAGGUGCUUCGAAGUGCCUUUACUGUCCAGCCAUUUAAACCAGGGUAUGAUCUCAGCCAAGAUGCAUUUUGCAUUACGUUGUUAAUAAAAAGAAAAGCCCA